AAGCUAUAUAAGUGUGAGUGUCACAGUAUCAGUAUCAGGUCAUCCUCUGCUCAGGAGUCAAGUUGGUUUUUAAGAGAUCCCGACUGCGGUGUUUUUUCUGGAUGUCUUCACAAACCAAAAUGUUUUCCUUGCUGCUCUUCGCUGUGCUCUGCACCAGCUGUCUGGCAAAACCUACCUUGAUGUACUACUCCUACUCUACUGCUGUUGGAGGUGGUGGUGGCAGUGCCUUCUCCAUAACCGGACAGGGAAGGAUCACAUCGAUCAGGCUUUGGGAGGCAGCCAACGCUUACAUCACUGGUAUCCAAGUGCGCUUUGAUUACAUUUGGACUGCAAGCGUUGGCCAAAAAGUUGGCGAGCCACAUCAGCUAGACCUGUUUGAUGAUGAGGCCAUUAUUCAGAUUUCUGGUAAAUACCACAGCAACUACAUCUAUCAGCUGAUAUUUGUGACCUCCAGAGGGCGCUCUCUGAUUGUCGGCCAGCCAACACAGCAUUCCUUUAACUUCUACCCGACCCACCCGGACGCAGAGCUCAGAAUGCUCAGUGGCCGACACAAUAGUGCUGGGAUCACUACACUGGGAGCUCACUGGGGGGCGGUCAACAUGUCAAACAACAGCACGAGCUCAUGAAGAAUGACUAAAAAUCUGCUGCUGAUGAUGACCUGAUGAAAACUAAUGAUAAAAAUACUGAUUAAUGAUCACGAACUGUAAAGCACCUACGUUUUCAUGAAGAAAUGAUUGUAUAGUCUAUUUGACUAGUGUCACACAUAUUAAUGUGAUGUGUAUCACUUUUUGUAUUUUGAAAUACCUAGAAUUGUCUCUAUGAAACAAUGAAUAACCAACAAUGACAAAAACAAAUCAAUGGUGAUGAGUAUUUAUCUCACAUAAUCAAAGUCAAAUUUGAAGAAUGAUAACAGUGUGUCUGUAUGAUUUUUAUUUCUGCAUAUUUUUUAAUGACUGGAGAAAUAUUAAUUGUUUUUCUAAAUGAUCAAAAAAAAUCAGCUUGGUUGUAUGUGAAAGAAAAAUAAAGAAACACAUUUAAGGCAGA